AUGGGUAUCCAAGGCUGGUGGAGGAUAGAAUUUGACCAAGGAUUGAAGAAGAAGCUUACAAGAAAUUCAGGUUGGGCGUUCUGGAGAUGGCAUCAUGUCCUCAGGGUAGACCCGGCGCUCAAGGACAUCCAGCUUUCCCUUCCCGGAAAAGAGUUCCAUUCCACCAUCGUCGGUGUAGCGGUAGGAGAGGCAACAUUUGGGGCGGCAGUUGCGGGAUCCAAAGCGGACGGGUUUGGCGGGCCUUUGGCCAGGGUGGGCGAGGGGAGAGGUAACAGGGGGAGUGUGAGAGGCCAUUAUGGCUGGCGUGCCCCGAAGGGAAGAGAGAGAGAGAGAGGAAGGGAGAAGAGGAUGUGUUGGCAAAAUGGAUGCAAACAACCUAGCUUGUACUGUAGAAAACCUUUUCCCCGUGGCCACUUAACCUUUGUGGAAGGCGCUAAGUCUCAACUCAAUUGGCAACAGGUCAUAAUCGCCUUUGUUGAGUCUAUUGUGGAAAACCGACAUCGAAAGUUAGAAGGCAAACUUGUCGAUCAGAAGCUGAGAGCAACUGGCCAUGGAAGGUCUGGUGGAGCUGUUACUUAG